CUUCUCUUGAAGUUGACUUGAUGAGGCAAAGAAAACUGCGGAGUAAGCGAUCCAAAGCUUGUAGAUUACUCGGAAGUUGAUCUCUUGUGGGAUGUGGCCGACACCAUCACUUCGGAAAACUUGUUUUCAACCACUUAAGAACCAGAAGCAGUGGAGAAGAUAGGCUUGUGUACAGAGAAUAAGAUUCUGUUUCAAUAUGCUAUUUUGUCAAGCCAAGAACAGGGACAGAAUCCAUAUCCAGGCAUAUGUCACGUAAAGGGAGAGCUUGUAGAUUAGAAGAGUUGGCAAAACAACAACACUGAAAAAAACAGAGUGACUCUGGACAAGAGGCAUGGGAGGAUAUGGUUACCGGCUCCAGACCUACACCAACUGUGCUACUAUGGGGUCAAGGACAGGUGAAAUAUUUGGACCCGUUACGCUUCUUCCCAAGUCCGACGUCAGUUCAGAGGACUACUACGACUACGACGAAUACGAUCAUGUUCAAAGCAAAACAUUAGUCCCUGUUGUCUCGAAACCUUACGACGACUACAGACAUGGCGCUCCAACAAAGGUUUACCCCGCCAGCUAUGAUGAUGAAUGGCACAUGAAGACUAAACCGGUUCAUGUUCAUGGUCGCCCACAUGGAGGCGACGAGUUGCUUCCAAAGAGGACAAUGGUUCCGGUGGCCACCAGGCCUAACGGUGGCUAUGAAUACCCAAACAGCUCUCCGACAAAGCCAUACCACCCCGGCAACGAUAACGAGUGGUAUCGCCAACACAGGGAUGAUGAGUUGCUUACCAAAAGACACUCAGGGGUACCAGUUGCUUCCAGACCUUUAGGCGCCGAUGAAUACGGACAUGGGUCUCCCAAGAAGACUAAUCCUGCAAGAGACGAUGGGAAACCCCAUAACUUGCUAACCAAAAGAACAGUGAUACCGGUCGGUACCAGACUUGAUGGCCGCGAAUACGAACAUAGCUCUCAGACGGCACGGGCUAAUCCAGCGAGACAUGAUACUGAUAGCAAACGGCAUGGCACGCAGGAACCUCCAGCAAGCCAACCAGUCAUCUGGACAGAUUGGCGUCGGUCCCCCCGGUCAGCUGCAUAUAAUGGUAACGAAGAAGAACCCAAGGCCACUGAUAGCACAAACAGAAGCGGCAAGCCUAUAAUUAGUCAAGAUUGGAGUUCAUCCCCAAGAAAAGGGGCCAGACUCGGUGAGGCCACAGAUGAUAUUGACAAGGUUGCGGAGAUGUUUAUACAAAAAACAAGGCUUGCCCGUGCUUCAGAAGGUGAAUACAAAGUCCCCAAACCCAGUGCAAAGAAUCCUUUUCCAACUCCAAAUUAUGAUUCCCGCGAUCGCAGACACUUGGGUGCGGAUAGGCCAACCCCAACUGACCCAACUAAUCAUGGCCUUGGCGGUUCCAUCGACGCUAUCAGGUGCUCUGCAACCAUAGACAGCUGGCAAGCUAAGGAGAAGUAUAAUGGCGAGAGGGUCUGAAAUGAGUGCAGUUCUCGUGUUCGGAACGCUGGUUUUGACUAGUCCUGAGUGUUUCUCUGUCGAUGCUGUCUUGUCACUUAUUGUGUUUACCUUCAACUCUCUGUUACCAAGUUGGUGCUUGUAAUUGUAGCUCUAUGUAAGCAUAGGUGGUAUGAAAACUGAGAAGGCAUGGAUCAUAAUGUAAGGUGCUAUAACUAAGGCUAGAAUAAAUUUGUCUAGUAUGCUAUGCUUGCUGCUUUUCAAGCUUGCAGCUUCCAUAUUCAA